AUGCCUCUGGUAUGCUCGCUCGGGCGUUGUGAAUUUUCAAGAGUUUUGCUGAAGCGAUCUUACGUGACUACCAUCUAUCUUACCGAUGUUAAACGUUCUUAUGCAUUACGCGCUCGCCCCGAGCAAUCAUCUGCGGUUAAUAACCAGACAAGUCAGAGUGAUGGAAAGCUCAAGUACGAAAAGAAAAACUUCACCUACCCGGAAAAAAUCGUGAACGCAUGUCCAGCUUUUCUUAGGCCGUAUCUGAAGCUGAUGAGAUUGGACAGGACGACAGGCUUGUGGGUGAUUUACUUGCCUGGGACGUGGGGCGUUUGUAUGGCCGCGGACGCUGGAUGCCUGCCGGAUUCGUAUCACCUCGCUUUAUUCGGAAUUGGGGCUAUAUUAAUGAGAGGCGCGGGCUGUACAGUAAAUGAUUUGUGGGAUCACGAUAUUGAUAAAAAGGUGGAGAGAACGAAGGAUCGUCCGUUGCCUUCUGAAUUGGUCACAGUUCCCCAGGCAAUUGCCUUGCUUGCUUUGCAGCUAACUGCGGCUUUAGGCAUCCUGUUGCAGUUGAAUCCAUAUAGUGUUGUUCUCGGUGCUGCUGCUGUUGUUCCUGUGUGCAUAUAUCCUGCUUUCAAGCGGAUCACGUACUAUCCUCAGUUUUUCCUGGGCUUGACAUUGAAUUGGGGUGUCCUGCUCGGGUAUUCCGCUAUCAAAGGAUUUUGUGACUGGACCAUUUGUAUGCCUUUAUAUUUUGCGGGUGUAUUCUGGUCAGUUUUUUAUGAUACAGUUUACGCCUACCAGGACAGGAAAGAUGAUCUGUCGUCCGGCGUAAAAUCACUCGCCAUAAAAUUGGGAGACCAUCCGAAAUCCUGGCUGACGGCGACUGUUACCGUCAUGACAGCAUGCCUUUUCGCAUCUGGCAUUAGUGCAUCGCAGUCCAUGACGUAUUUCUUAUUUGCGUCUGCCACAUAUGGUUGGCUUCUUCGUCAGAUUCAAACCUUGGACAUCGAUCGCCCUAAUCUGAUAUUCGCUGCCACUAUACUUCAUGCCCGUAUUUCUGGCACAUCCGUCUCGGGAAGUUUGUUCUGGCCUGAUAAGAUGAGGCGUUAUCGGAAAUCUCCGUCGCUUGAAAUAAGUCACUUGUGUCAUAAAGUGGUGAAGUCGGAGGGUAAUCUUGAUAGCUUGAGCCCCACGUGCACCGGUCGAUCCUCAUGUUUGAAAGCCAGAGACAUUGAAGAAAAUAAGUCUUCUGGUGGUUUUAAGGCGAAUUUAGCCAAGCUAUCUUUGCCGGAAAGAAUUGUGUCUGUGACUCCUGGUUGGUUGAAGCCUCAUUUAGAGAUCGUAAGACUUCACAAGCCUGCGGGAACAUGGCUACUAUACAUACCUUGCACUUGGAGUAUUUGCUUGGCUGCAGAUGCGGGGUGUUUACCGAGCUUUUACUAUCUGUCAUUAUUCGGUUGUGGAGCCCUGAUCAUGCGAGGUGCUGGUUGCAUAAUCAAUGACAUCUGGGACAAAGAUUUUGAUAAAGCGGUAGAAAGAACGAGAUCAAGACCUUUAGCAAGUGAAUCAUUGACGAUGCACGCGGCGAUUUGUAACUUGGUGUUGCAACUAUCUUUGGGAUUGAUAAUACUCCUCCAAUUGAAUUGGUUUUGCAUAAUGUUGGGAUUUGCUUCCAUGGGAUUAGUGAUCUCGUAUCCGCUAUUUAAGCGUUUCACUUAUUGGCCUCAACUUGCUCUCGGGUUGACCUUCAAUUGGGGAGCUUUGAUGGGCUGGACGGCGGUCAAGGGAUAUAUGGAUUGGUCAGUUUGUCUCCCGUUGUACACUGCUGGAAUUUGUUGGACACUUUACUACGACACUGUGUACGCGCACCAGGACAAAACUGACGAUUCGGUAGUGGGGAUUAAAAGUCUCGCGCUGAAACUCGGUGAUCAAAGCAAGCAAUGGUUCGAUUACUUCGGAGGAGGAAUGAUUUCUAGUCUCACACUAGUGGGAAUUCUAGCUGAUCAGAGCUGGCCGUAUUUUUUUUCUGUGUUUACGGCUGGUGGUUUCAUUGCCAAUCAGAUUCCAAUGAUGGAGUCGUUUGUGACUAAGUUAGAUGAAGAUUUUCGACUAUACUUGGAAGUGGCAAGUUCAGUCGACUCUCAAAACCUGUUGCGUUCCCUGCAAGGGGCUCGCGUGGGAAUAAAUUUAUUUUCCAAAUUCCCGAUUGCUCGUGACGCCGUCCUGGAACAUUAUUCCGUCAUAUUUCUUCGCAUUCUUCAGAAAUUUGUGGACCUGAAGGGCCGAGACUUGGACGCCACUGACGAGGACGUGAAAGCUGCUGUGGCAUUCAUUGAGACGCUGCGAAUAAAUUUGAAGAAGUCGCCGACUCAUUGGAGUUCUAUUUUGACGACUUGGUCCUUGGAUCUACUUGGUCGUCUAAGCAGAGUUUUACCUCCGUCAUCUCUGGGUUAUGGCGUGACUGGACAACUUCAAAGUUAUCAAGAAAUAAUCGUAACGAAGGCGCUUCUGGACUUGGCGGAUGAAUCAUUUGAAGCGAAUCUCUCUCACGGAGAAGCGUCAAGCGAACAUUCAUCUGUCAGAACAACAGAAUCAUUUCGAUUCGACGCUACUUGUGUGAAAGCUUUGGUGAUGUCGAGUGAAGCUUAUGGGGAAGCCUUUGACUGGGUUGUGGCUCACUUGGGAGGGAAAUAUCCAUCGGAAAUAAUACCGAAACUUCUGGACUGUGGCUUGAGAGUUCACGCGACUUUUUUUGAACGUAAUCAACCUCAUUCAUCUGCAGAUUUGGAUCAAACGGGAUUGAAAAUUCGAUCGGUUGUAUCGAUCAUCGAUCAUUUGUCCCUGCUGCACUAUGGCCAUAUUGUUGAAGCCGUCGUCAAUUUUGCAAAGGUUUCUGCAAAAGACAAAUCUGGGCCCGGAAUAUUUUUUUUUCCGUUUAUCCUGUUGCUUGGAGACAAGUCGCGUGUGAUUCGUCAGGUUACUAGUGACUGCCUACUUCGCUGCCUGGACGAAAUACUUGUCGGUGAUCUCUGGAAUCAAAGUCGACUAUGGUUUCAUCGAUCGUCAAAGCCAGUAAACGCAGAAGAAAUGUGGGAUUUGUUCGUACGCUUGUUGAUUCGAUAUGGUCCUGGUUCGUCUUGUUUUUGGACUCCGCCGGUUUUGUUCGAAAAAUUCAUCAAAACUUGUAUCGUGAAUAAGUCCUCGUAUUCCAAGGAGACUAUUUUGGGCAUCAGGAUUGCGGCUUUCACUUUUUUGGAUCGUUUGAGGAACGAAUUGAUAUUUCGCGGGAAUCAAGACAAGGGCCGUGGACGUUCUCACGCUUCAUCAUCGCCUGAUCUACUCCAGCCACUUUUUUCUGAUUUGGGAAAUCACUGGUCUGAAAUGCUCCCUCUCUUGUUUGUGUUCAGCGAGCUGAACAAGGCUAUUGACGAAGAAGCUGCCUUAAACAUGAGGAAUUUUGCAAUCGACGUGUUGGGUGGAUUGACACCUCAUGAUUGCUCUUCCUAUGCUUCAGAAGCUAUCCAGUUUUUACUGAAGUUGGAUAUAAGUCCAGUUAUUUGCGAGACCAUCAUCCGGAUAAUCGUUCGUGUACAAGGACCAUGUCCUGAUGCUGUUUUGGUCACUGUGACAUCAUUGCUCAAAGACCUUCGUUCGGACACUGAGUCUGACAGAAAAGUACAGGCGAUAGUUCUGGAAAAUCUACUCCAACUUAUUGCAUGGGAAAAAGAAACUCCUCGUGUAGAAAUAAGUGACGAAGUUAUUCCACUCAUAUUGCGAGCUACCUUCACUCGUGCCUUGACAAAAAACGUCACUUUGCUUGCAGCACUACUGUGGGAUUCUUCCUGCAUUUGCCGGAUGUUGGAUUUGCUUUGUAUUCUUCCGUUGAAAACGGAGGUCAAGAGCUGGUCGCCGUCUGCGUUGAGUUACUUCGUUGAAUCCAUAGUGGAGGCUUUUUUUCGAUUACUUUCGUGGCCUGAGGAACUAAACGAGAAAGGGAUGCAGAAACUAACUGGCAUCAACAUUUGUAACGAAAUUCUGGCUGAUCUUAUCCCCCAAUGCCCAGAGAGGAAUCCUCCGAAAAGUGGAAGCACCAAUCCCGAAGAAAAAUCUUUACAAUUUGAUGUAUCUUUUAUGGCUGUGAGAUUCGUGAUAGAUCGAACAUUUUCCCACAAUUUCUGUCAACUAAUCGGGGGAAUGGUUGCUCAAGACGUGCCCAUCAGAAAACCGCUGGCAAACAAUAUCAAACAUUCUUUGCUCGAAGAAAACCUACGCUUGCAUUCCGGAGCCACGGACAUGGUUCGCAUCCAGUCAACGCUGUAUCGAUCCUCUUGCUUGGGCCACGGAAACGUUCGUAAUGAAGACCGUGAAUCCGUUCUCCCAUGCGAUAUCGGAUCAAAUCAGCAACAUGUUCUAGAUUUCCUGAUGACUAUACUGGAAGUUAAUGGUCAAGCUCUGCUUGGUGGAAGCACAAAAGCACCGCACCCGACCUCCUGGAAAUACCUUGCAGAUCUUCUAGUGGAACAUCUUGCGCCUGACGUGAUGUUUUCUGACGUUCCUUGGCCUGACGAAGAUGCUGGCAGAGUUACGAUUGAACAUGAUAUCGAAAUUUGUCGUCGCAUUUCAGCCAAUCCGAUUUCUUGGCACCUCCUACUCUUCAUUGCGCGGAAUCAAGCUUAUACUCCGUUGACGGCUGGAGAAAACUCGGUUACUUGUGUUCCACCGAUCUGUUAUUGCUCUGCCAUUCUACGGGCAAUCUCUUGCGUUUGUCUGCAUCAUUGGUCAAGCACACUUGAAGCGUCUGGAGGAGACUGUCCGCAGCAGUCUCUAGAUACGAAGCGUUUGAUUCUCAUUCUGAGUCAGAGCAACCUUUGCCCGCCUCCCAUGUCCAUGUUUGGGGAGAUUUUGGAUCUCUUGCCACCUGCCCAGAUCCGAGCUUUCAUGUCGGACUGGUGGGCCUACCUUCGGGAAAUGCUUAAUACGCCGAUUGCUUUAGCACGAACGCUGAGCGCUUACAACGACGGUUUGAGUCCCGCACCGCCAAGUCCAGCUGUUCAGCAAUGUGUUCAGCGACUAAGACUGAUAUUUUUGGCCAAUAUGGACAAACUGGGUCCGUAUUACAUGCGAUUCUUCGGUCUUCCUGGUUCCCCGCCACUUAAAGGUCCUGAUGGCUAUCCAGAUGUCGAUCUCUUUGCUCUACCUGGUUCUAGGAAGCGAAAACCAGCGAUUUAA